GGCCGCUCCCCCAGCUCGCCAGCGCUGAUCCUCGCUCCCCUCCUCUGCCCUGAAAGCGCCCCCGGCCGCCUCUUUGGUGGGAAGAGUCCAGACAGUUCAAGCCAUGCUGUAGGGGGCCUGCAGGGAAAGAGAGGGGCGGGGAGGGCAGGGGAAGAGGCUUCGGAGGGAGCAAAGCAUCUCUGCGGACUGGGAGACGCUGUCAUGUUGGCCGGGCUGUUCUUCCAGGCUGCUUGGGUGGCUGUGCUCCUUCACGGCGCUCAGGGGAGAGUCUACACGGGAAGAAGGAAGCUUGCCAACUUCGCCGUAGAGAGACGUCGCAUUGGACCACAUAUUUGUCUCUCUGGUUUUGGAAGUGGAUGCUGUCCUGGAUGGAUACCAUCUCCAGGGAGUGGACAAUGCACACUGCCAUUGUGUUCCUUUGGUUGUGGCACUGGAUUCUGCAUAGCUCCCAAUGUCUGUGCUUGCCGGGAUGGAAGGCAGGGCAUCACCUGUCAAGACCCACCUGGAGCCUGUGGGGAGUAUGGCUGCGACCUCACCUGCAAUCAUGGGGGCUGCCAGGAGGUGGCAAGAGUGUGCCCUCUGGGAUUCUCUAUGACCGAAACAGCUAAUGGUGUACGUUGUGUGGAUAUUGAUGAGUGCCUGAGUGCUUCCUGUGAGGGGCUUUGUGUGAACACAGAAGGGGGCUUUGUGUGUGAAUGUGGCCCAGGGAUGCAACUUGCCACUGACCGGCACAAUUGUCAAGAUAUUGAUGAGUGCCUAACAACACCUUGCCAGCAGCAUUGCCAAAACAGUAUUGGCAGCUAUCAAUGUUCCUGCCAUCCUGGAUUCCACCUUCAUGGCAACCGACAUUCGUGUGUGGAUAUGAAUGAAUGCCGCCGACCCAGUGAGAAGCGAGCCUGCCAGCACUCCUGUCACAAUACACUGGGGAGUUUUAUGUGCAGCUGUCAUCCAGGCUACCGACUUAGUGUGGACAGAUUGUCUUGUGAAGGUUUCUCAAAGUUCAGCCUGGCCCCUUCUCCCAUUUUGCAGUCUCUUCAGCAGCCGCAGACUCUGCUACGCCUUUCUCCAGAAUCCAUAGGGCCUGCCUGCCCCCCCAGGGGUUCCCCAGCACUUGCUCCCUCGAGUGUACCUGGAACCCCAUUUCCUUUUCUGCUCGUUCCCAUUCUCUCUGUGCUUCCAUCAACAGCUUCUCCCACCUCCUCAUCUCCUCCCCACAGCUCAUCUUUUGGCACCUCUUUCUGGCCCAGAACUGCCAGGCCUUCUCUGCCAGUAAGUCCUCUGUCACCAUUGUUACCAAAGAAGUUUAGCCCAUCCAUUCCCCCCAUCCCUUUGACUCCCUCAAUUCCAUCUGCCUGCUGGCAUGGAGGGGUUCUUCAUGAAGAUAACAGCUCCUGGACAGAGCCACCAUGUCUGAAUUGCUCCUGCGAGGGUGGACAAGUGUUCUGUCAAACAGUGACAUGUGAAGUUUCCUGCUCUCACCCAAUUCCCCCAGCCCAGGGAGAAUGCUGUCCUGCCUGCACAGGCUGUUUCUAUUAUGGGAUGUCCAGAGUUGAAGGGGACGUAUUCUCUCUCUCUGAGGAGAACUGCACAGUCUGUGUCUGCCUGGCAGGCAACAUUUCCUGUAUUUCUCCAGAAUGUACACCCAGUCCAUGUCCCAGUUCUGCUCAGACCGAUUGUUGUCCCUGCCAGCCAGCAGAAUGUCAUUUCCGUGGGCAAAUAUACACAGAAGGGACCGAGUUCAACCCAGAUGGUGAUAACUGUACCAUCUGUGUGUGCAGGCAAGGUGAAGUGGAGUGCUCUUUCCUUCCAUGCCCCACCCCGGGAUGUGCCCGUGAGGACUGGCUGUUGGCUCCAGGACAGUGCUGCUUCACCUGCCGAAAGACUGCACUCAUGACAGGUUGCUUUAUCGAUGACAAUGGAAUUGAAUUUCCAGUGGGACAACUCUGGUCGCCGGGUGAUCCCUGUGAGUUAUGCAUCUGCCAGGCAGAUGGUUCAGUGAGCUGUAAGAGGACUGAUUGUUUGGAGAUAUGUCCUCAUCCAAUCCGAAUCCCUGGACAGUGCUGUCCAGAUUGCUCAGCAGGUUGUACCUAUGCAGGGAAGAUCUUCUAUAACAAUGAAACCUUCCCCUCUGUCUUAGACUCAUGUCUAAGUUGCAUUUGUUUGCUGGGCUCUGUAGCCUGUUCUCCUGUGGACUGUGUCGUAUCCUGUACAUACCCUUUCCAUCCAGAAGGCGAGUGCUGUCCAAUUUGUCAUGACUGCAAUUACAGGGGAAGAAAAGUAAUCAAUGGACACAACUUUGUUCCUGAAGAUGAACCCUGCGUUUAUUGUACCUGCCAGCUUGGGGAGGUGAGCUGUGAGAGGAAGACUUGUCCAAAGACUUGUACAGAGCCCGUUGGUUUUCUGAUUCAUUGCUGCCCGGAUUGCCAAAAUAAUGAAGUUCUGGAUGAUUUGGCUUCCCUGGAGAAUAGACUAGCCAAUCCUGUCUUGGAAGAUGGAGCAGCAGAGAGACCCUUGCAAACUCUUCAAAGAGGUCCCAUGGCUCUGGUGUCUGACAUCUCUACCCCUAACCUUGCCUCACUUACUCCAGAGGAUCAUCUUGAAGCAAGUAAUGCAAAUGAUCGGAAGACCGUACUUACAAACCCAAUUGCACUAGGAAAUGUUGGACUCCACCAAAGCAGACCAGGAGAGGCCACUAGGUUACAUCUCAAUGAACCACCAAGUAUCAUUCCACCUUCUUGGCUAGGCCACUCAGCAAUUCCUCAAAUAAAGCCAGAGUCCAUUGUAUCACUUCUAAAUAACCCAGAGAGCUUUGGGGAUCCUCCUAGGAAAUCAACUGGGUUCUCCAUGACUCAUUCCAGCCUGUCCUCUCUUUAUUCAAGAACAAGCAGAACCACUGCAUCUCCCCCUACUGCUCAUAUUUCCAUUCCAUCCACUCCAUCUAACCUUAAAAAGUCCAUAACUGCCUUAUUUCAGGGUUCAAACACCCACAACCUUCCUUUGCAACCUCUGGCUGAAACAUUUUCUUCUUCGGCCAGCUCUGCUCUAGAUUCUCUUCAAGAGCUUCCUAGCAGCCCAACCCACUUCGCAUAUUUUUCUUUGGACCAGCAAAAUACGGGAAACAACUCUAAAUUAACUUCUAGUGAUGAGAAUAGCCUCACUGAUAUAUCUCCAUAGAUUGGAGAAUAAAAUUAUUCUCCAAUUAUUUUGAAUAAGAGGAACAUAACCACUUUAAUAUCAUAGAGCAUCUGCCUAUGUGGUUGCUGUUUGCUAGAUUUCUCACUAUGUAUUCAUGGUAAUAAUCUCCAUUAUAAUUUCUGGUUUCUUAGAAAGCAGGUCCUCUUAUUGGGGAUAUCAUUUCAGCUCUUGAUUGUAUUGAGGUUCUUACUUAACUAAUACCCCAUUGGACUUAGAAGAUAGUAGAAAAAUGCCUUUUUAUUUGCAAUAUCAGUACAAACAUUCUGGUAAAGCAUAAAGAUUUCAGAACAGAAGCAUGACAAGUAGUAGAAUUAUAGGCUAAUUCAACCUCUUGUAUUGCAUGUUGUAUGGCUGGCCUAAUGCCAGCAAAAGAAGCAACAAUUUGUGCCAGGAAUCAUAUAAUAAAUUUUCUCACACUAUGUCUAAUAUAGACAUUCUGUUGCUGCUUGCUGUCUUAUAUGGAUAUUUCAGGACUGAUUAUACAUAUUGAAGAAAUGUGUCUAGCCUUCCAUGAAGUCAGAAAUGAACUGAGCAUUGCUUUACAGACAAUGUACUGCAUACUGGCAUGUACAGCACUGAUUUUAAUAGUGGGAAACGUCCACUUUCUUGUUCUGGUGUAUAUAGAAUUCUGCAAUUCAGAUUUUAAUAUGUUGAAAUAUAUUUUAUGAACGCUAAAAUCAUAGCAUCAUACCUAAAGGUAAAUGUAUUUUUCUAUGCCACAGUUAAAAGUAUGUUUCCAAGCUAAGCUGAUGAGAAUUUUGUUUAACAUUUCUUGGAUGAAAUUUGCCAGCCAUUAAAGUCUUUGGGAAUAUUCAGUUCUUGAAAGGCUUUGAAAGUCAUGUGCAGCCUAUUCAUAAAAUAUGCAGCAUGACUGAAUUUAGUCAACUACCUCAAAGGGGUGUCUUGUAAGGGCAUAUCAACUUUUCAUAAUUGAAACUAUAAAGACUGCUGUUGUUUUCUUCCAUUUUGAUCUCUGGGAAUUUCUAAUUUUCUGAUAUAUCUAGUAAAUCUUCAUUGGGUAAUCAUUUAUGUAAUUUAUGUGCUUCCUAAAACUUAAUAGCUAGCAUCAUUAUUCCUCAGUAGGCUUGAGUCUGAUGUAAAUGUGCAGUACUAGAGCAGUGCAGUGCUUCUGUUUCAAAGCCGCAAAGAUGCUUCAGAUAACACAAAAGCAGGAACAUAUCAUCUGACUACGGCUCCAUAAAGUAACAAUGUCUUUUCCCUGUAUCACAUGACGAUGCUUUGCAGCUAUAAUAGUGUUAUUGGAAAAUGGCAUUUGUUCCAGGGCACCCUUUUUCCUUUGAAUCCAAAGGCAGCACAGCCACAUGAAAUAUAACUGUGGACACAUCCAGUGGCAAUUUGAAAAGUGAUUUGAAGUAUAUCCACAGUUGUUCCUUGGCUGGCUGGCUGAACUUCUGUGAGGCAGAUAGAGCCCAUAUAUCUUCAACUCUAGCUUUGUUGGCUUCUAAGCCUUAAUCAUGUACUCAGAAAUUUUGCAGGUGAAAACCCAGAAAGUGCAAAACAGUAGUAGCUAGACAGACAAAUCCACAUAUUAAGAAGCCAGUGUAGGAGUCCAAAGUGUUUGAUACAUUAUGCCACAGGCAUUCUGACUGACUUUGCUAAGGUUCUCAUACUGAUUCAGUUUAUGAUCUGUCAAAACCACCCUACCUCAGAGGGCAUGUAACGGUUUUAUGCCGGGUUGAAGUUGAUUUCUUCUAAAGAAUCUUGAAAAAAUGGGGAGACUAAAAAUUCACUGGUCCAGAUUUCAAUUUUCUUUCAUGGAACUAUAUUUGUGGAAGGGGGAAUAAAAACCUGUAAAGCCUCAUAUCUCUAUACCUUGAACUAACAACAGUUUAUGGCUUAAAGUGACAUUGUCUGCUUAUCAAGGCAGCUACAUCCUUUUCUCUUGCCACUCUUCCCCCUGAUUCAUAGCCAUUCUUGCAGAUAUUUCCUAAUUAGGGCAGAUUAGGGCACAUCACUUGAUGCCAUCUAUUGGACAAUGUGACCAAUCUGCAUGCAACGUUUUAUUGGUAGAAAUGGUAAACCCCUUUGAGAUCGUCACUUCACACAUGCAAGAAUUAAAGGACAUUUCUAGGUGAAUUUACCUUGGUAUGUUGCCAUGUCAAAAUAAAUUCCUAUAUUGUGUUUUUCAUGUAUUGAUAUAAAAGUUGGUAUUACAGUGCUGUGAACAUUUCCAUUUAAACAAAAUGGUUGGUUUUAAAAACUAAAAUAUAUAUUAUAAUGAAAAUUAUGGCAAAUAAAUUUAAUCUGAAUAUUCUCAAA